CUUGUGCCCCAGAGACUUUCUGGAGCUCCUUCAGGCUCCCGCCUAGACACAACACCAUGCAUCUCCUUGGCCCCUUGUUCCUGCUCCUUGAAUACUUGGCUUUUUCUAACUCAAGCACAUGGAACUUUGAGCACCCGGACACCAUCUAUGCCUGGGAGGGAGCCUGUGUCUGGAUUCCCUGCCACUACACAAUCCCAGGGUAUGGAUUGGUCCUGGAAAACCUGACUGUGUACCAGAAUUACGUGUUUGAUGACAAGACCAAGGGCUACAGUGGGACAAUCCUCUAUGAGAAUACGAAGUCACAGAUGUCUGUCUCUCUGGGAAGAGUGAAAUUCCUGGGAGACAACAAAUCCAACUGCACCCUUCGCAUCUACCCUGUAAAAGCCCAAGACAACGGUCAGCUGGGGCUGAGGAUGACAUCGAAGAGUGGAAAGUGGAUGGAGAAUAUAGUCCUCAACAUCUCCAAGACGGCUCCUCCACCUCGCAUUGAGCUCCCUCCAGAAAUCUGGGAGUCCCAAGAAGUCACUCUGACCUGCAUGCUGAAUUUUGCCUGCUUUGAGUACCAGAUCAAGUUGCGGUGGCUCCUGGAAGAGUCACGUCAACAUGCCUCUGUCCCCUUGACUUCCCUGACCACCAAGACUAUCUUCACCCAGAGCCACUUCACAUUGCAGCCGCAGUGGACUCACCAUGGCAAGAAGCUGACCUGCCAGGUCUGGAAUGACACAGAAGAUGGGCUGCUCUCUCAGGAAACGGUGCGGCUAGAUGUGAAGCACUCCCCAAAGUUGGAGGUUAGUCCCAAAGAAGUCAAUGUAAAAGAGGGUGAACCUGUGACCAUGACGUGCCAGGUCAUCAGCAGCUACCCAGAGUACCAGACUCUUUUCUGGCUCAAGGAUGGAAUCCCCGUGACAGAGCAAGAGACACUGCAGAGGGAGCAGAAGAUUCUCAAGCUAACUCUGCCUAAAGUGACCAAACAGAUGAGUGGAAAGUAUCACUGCCAGGCCCACAAUGGUGUGGGCUCAGCAACAUCAGAAGUGGUCCUCCAAGUGCACUAUGCUCCAGAACCUUCCAGGGUUCAGAUCUUCUCCUCACCAGCUAAGGAGGGAACUAGUGUAAAGCUGACUUGUAUAUCACAGGCCAAUCCUCCUCCAACCAAUUAUACCUGGUAUCACAAUAACAAAGAAGUGUGGAGAGGGACAGAUGAGACCUUCGAGAUCCCACAGGUCCGCCUCAGGCACGCUGGGAAUUAUCACUGCAUAGCACAAAACAGUAUUGGUCGUGGACACGCUGGCCAGAAUGCUGAGUUGGAUAUCCAAUAUUCCCCCAAGGAGGUAACCAUGGUGAUUCAAAAUCCUACACCAAUUCGAGAAGGAGACAAUGUGACCCUGUUCUGUAACUAUAAUUCCAGUAACCCUAGAGUUACCAGAUAUGAAUGGAGUCCCCCCGGCUCCUGGAAAGAGCUAGUACCUGGGAUGCUAAGGAUUCAAAAAGUUGCCUGGAAUGCCAUGCCAUUCACCUGUGCAGCCUGUAACCUGUGGUGUUCGUGGGCUCAACCUGUCAGCCUGCAGGUCCAGUAUGCCCCCAGAGAUGUCAAGGUCCUGUGGAUUGGCCCCCGUUCUGAGAUUCACUCCGGACACGCAGUCCUCCUCCGAUGUAACUUCUCUAGCAGCCGUCCCAUGGACGUUCACUUCUUCUGGAAGAAGAAUGGGAUCUUUCUGAAGGAAGGAAGAGAACUGAGCUUUGGCUCCAUCUCCCCAGAAGACGCUGGAAGUUACAGCUGCGUGGUCAGCAACUCCAUAGGGCAGAGCACAUCCGAGGCCUGGGAGCUCCCAGUGCUGUAUGCACCUAGGAGGCUACAGGUGUCCAUUAGCCCUAAAGACAGUGUGAUGGAGGGGAAGAAAGCAGUCCUGAUGUGUGAGAGCGAUGCCAACCCUCCCAUCUCCCGCUACACCUGGUUUGACUGGAAUAACCAGAACCUUCACCAUGAUCAUCAGAUGCUGAGAUUGGAUCCUGUGAAGGUCCAGCACUCAGGCGCCUAUUGGUGCCAGGGGGGCAACCGACUGGGUGUGGACCGGUCGCCCCCUAGCACCCUCACUGUCUACUAUAGCCCACAGACCAUCAGCCGGCGAGUGGCCCUGGGCCUGGGGCUGUGCCUGGUCAUCCUCUUCCUGGCAUUCUUGGGAGUCAAGUUUCAGGGAAGCUGGAAGAGGAUUCAGAGCCAGCAAGGGCCUCAGGAAAAUUCCAGUGGGCAGAGCUUCUUUGUGAGGAAUAACAAGAUUAGAAGAGCCCCCCUCCCUGAAGGCCCUCAGUCCCUGGGCUGCUACAAUCCGGUGAUGGAAGAUUCCAUCAGCUAUGCGACGCUGCGCUUUCCUGUCGGCGAGACGGACCCGCCGAGGACUGGGGAUGCAGGGACCCCAGAGGUGCACAGACCUUCCCUAAACAGGGACAACACAGUCACUUACUCGGUGGUGCAGAAGCGUCAAGUGGGCGACUAUGAGAACGUGAUUCCAGAUGUUCCAGAAGACGAUGGGAUACAUUACUCGGAGCUGGUUCAUUUGGGGCUUGGGGAGCGGCCUCUGAGACAGGAAGGAGUGGAGUACGUGACCCUAAAGCACUAAUGGAUCCAAGUGGCUGAGCUGGUGCCUAGGGGCUGUCGGGUAUAGUCAUGGCACCUGCAGUCACUGUUGCUCAGUUGAGAAGUUACACAACCUCUCCUUACACACACACACACACACACACACACACACACACACACACACACUCACAUACGUGCGUACACACACAAUUACUGCACCCCAGUCGGUACAGAGAACUUUGGAUAUGAGACAGUCUUCCCUCUCAGCAUUGUAACCUCAACCAUCCAAAAGGCCUGGCCCUGUCCUGUCCCAUGCUCCUUCUGUCCCAGAAAAUCAUCUGAACACCUAGCCUGCACUGUACAAAUCCCCCUGCUCCUCCCCAAC